AUGGCUUCUUCUCAGCUCACAAAGUCGGUCAUCGAGGCCAUCAAGGACCGCCGCUCAUACUAUCAGCUCAACAAGGAGGCACCUAUCUCGGACAAGAAGAUCCAGGAGCUCGUUGAGCAGGCCAUUCUCCACGUUCCCUCAUCGUUCAACUCUCAGUCCACCCGCCUCGUUGUCCUCCUGAACAAGGACCACGAGCAGUUCUGGGACUACGUUAUCGAGGUUCUCAAGCCCCUCACCCCUGAGGACAAGUUCGACGGCACCAAGCAGAAAAUCAGCGGCUUCCGCGCUGCCUACGGCACUGUACUCUUCUAUGAAGCUCCCGAGCCAGUCGAGAAACUCCGCAAGUCUUUCCCUAUGUACGCACACCACUUCGGCGAUUGGUCCGAGCACACCAGCGCCAUGCACCAGUUCGCGCUGUGGGUUGCGCUUGAGGCCGAGGGCUUCGGCGCCAACCUGCAGCACUACAACCCCAUCAUUGACCAGAAGGCUGCUGAGCACUGGAGCAUCCCUCUCGAGUGGAAACUCAGGUCGCAGCUGGUCUUUGGUGGCCGCGCUGGCGAGCCUGGCGAGAAGAAAUUCCAGAAGACUUUCGGUGAGAGGCUGUUCGUCCACGGCUCUAAGGAGUAG